ACUUGCAAGUGGAGGAGUCGGAAGAGCCAAGGCAUUGCGAGGUGCGAGUCGAACGGAAAAGGGUCAGCGUCGCCUUCACAAUGGAAAGUUUCUGCGUCAUUUUCAAUGCAGUCCUGUUUUAUUUAGCUACUGCAGCGAUUCCACAUGAUGGAAUUCAUUGGACAUAUACCGAGGGGGCACUGGACCAGGCUCGUUGGCCACUAAAGUAUCCAGCUUGCGGCGGCCAGAAGCAGUCUCCCAUCGACAUACAGCGGCGGAAUGUGCGCCACAAUCCCCAAAUGUUGCAGAUGGAGCUGAGAGGAUAUGAUGCCCAGAAGGGGAACUUUCUCAUGACCAACAACGGGCACUCAGUUCAGAUCGACCUGCCCCCCACCAUGGUGAUCUCUGAGGGUCUCCCCGGCCGCUACACGGCAGUCCAGAUGCAUCUGCACUGGGGGGGCUGGGACCUGGAGGAAAGCGGGGCCGAGCACACCUUGGACGGCAUCCGAUACAUGGCAGAGCUCCACGUCGUCCAUUACAACUCUGACAAGUACAAGAGCUUUAAGGAGGCCCGAGACAAGCCAGACGGCCUGGCAGUGCUCGCAUUCUUCUACGAGGAUGGGCACUUCGAGAACACUUAUUACAGCGAUUUCAUCUCCAAUCUGGCCCGCAUCAAGUAUGCAGGUCAGGCUAUGAACAUCUCGCACAUCAACGUGCGCUCCAUGCUCCCGGAGAACAUCAACCACUUCUUCAGGUACCAGGGCUCCCUCACCACGCCUCCCUGCUACGAGAGCAUCCUGUGGACAGUGUUCGACACCCCCAUCACUCUCUCCCACAACCAGAUCAGGAAGCUGGAAAGCACACUGAUGGACCAUAACAACAAGACCAUAUGGAAUGAUUACCGCAUGGCCCAGCCCCUCAACGAUCGUGUGGUCGAGUCCUCCUUCCUGCCUCGCCUCGGGAAAGGCACGUUUUGUCGGCAGGAUGAAAUCGAGUCGAAGCUCUUGAGAAUCGAGAACAUAAUAACGUCUCUAGGAAAACACAUUCAUUCGAAUGAAAGACACGACUCUAGGAGAUCCAGCCAUGAACCCCAAGCGUUCUCCUCCCUCGUGCUACACUUCCCAGAGCGUAACGCCGGCAGCUACGCCCUGGCCCGCCUCCUCCACCCCAUGGACCUGCACGCCUUCACCGCCUGCAUGCACGUGCGGCCCCAGCCCGGCACCGUCCACACCGUCAUGUCCUACUCCAGCGCCGGCGUGGACAACGAGCUCGUGAUCAACGUGGGCUACGAGGUGGGCCUCUGGAUCGGCAACGAGUUCGUCAACCUGCCGCACGGCUUCCAGUCGCCCGACUGGGCCAACUACUGCGUCACGUGGUCGUCGCACUCAGGCGCCGCCGAGCUGUGGAUCAACGGGCAGCUGGGGGAGGAGCAGCAGUUCCUGAGGAGCGGCUACUCCAUCAGCACGGGGGGGGUCUUCGUCCUGGGCAAGGACCAGGACGGCUUCCUCGGCAUCUCCAACACGGACGCCUUCUUGGGCCGCAUGACGGACGUCAACGUGUGGGACUACGUGCUGAGCAAGGCCGAGGUGCGGGAGCAGCUGUCGUGCGAGAGGAACGCCACGGCGGCGGGCAACGUGUUCAGCUGGGGCGCCACGCCGCUCAGCCUGUACGGCGGGGUGGAGAUCGACAACGACGCCCGGUGCAAGGAGAAGUGAAAUCCCCCCCACCACCACCACCACCGCUCGACACUCAACUCCUGAAUCCUCUCGAGUUUUUCUUUGCAAGGCCUUCAAUAUUUCUAUAUAAAAAUAUUAGCCCACGGUGAAUGUGAAAAUUUGUCUUUGAAAUGAAGAAUAUGAGUUCUGUAUGGUUAGUUUAGAGCGUUUUAGAGAAUGUUUAGUAUAUCACAAUAGUUAAGAACUAUCAAUCACAGUGUCAGUCAUGAAUUUAAUAUCACUUUUUUGUAUCAGCAAUAAACAUUUCUG